AUGGCUUCCUCCAAGAAGAGAAAGCGCACCGCUUCUGUCGAUACCAAGCAUGGCAUGAAUCCAGCUAUCAAGAAAUCGCGCCAUUCGACCAAGGGAAUAACAAGUAAUGCAGCCCAAGCAGUAAAGCAUGCCGUACUUGAUCAGUACUUCACGACCGUCUUGACGUUGCGCAACUACAUGCUGCUCAAGCUGCCGUCCACCUCGAGAAUCAGAAGACGCAAGAUAUCUUCGGUCAAUUUAACACGACCUGCAGAUACCGAGGUCUCUGACGUGGAACGUUCGCUAGGCGCAUUGCUUGACUCGACGCUCGUCGGGGUCACAGACCAAGCAUUGCAGGCAGAUGCCAGGCCAGACAACCGUUGGAAGCAUUGGACGGACUUCUCUCAACGCGGCGACGACUCGCACGUCACUCUGUCCGACGGCCUUGCUGGCGCUGAGUUCUGUCAAUCGGAGAUAGUUGACUUCGUAAUAUGGCUGCUCUUUUCCAAGUCAAAAACACACUCCGGGGCAUGGCCCAAACACAUACUAUGUGAUGGAUUUCGAAGAGACCCGAAAUCAGCAAAACUCCAAGGUCCCGGAGUUAACCACAGCUGCUCCAUUCCGGGGCUGUUCUCGCUGUUCCCAAACCCUCAAGUGAAUACACUGAAAGAGGCGCCAUGGCCGCAACUCCUCAAGCUUCUGGGCAAGUGCGGUGAUCGCAUUAUGAUGGACUUGUUGCUGGAUUGCGCUAUUUUCACCUCUGUGAGAGGUGGUCAAGGCAACUACUGCCAAAUCAGCGGCUAUCCCCUGACCAACGCAGAGGUGCUACUGUCUAAUGAGCAACGGAACAAGGAGCCAGCUCACUUCGAGAGGUCUCCGUCGGACAUUAUAUUUGUGCGAAACCGGAUGCUGUAUGCCAGAGCCGCAUUGAAUGCGCGUGGGCUCGUUCAUUUUGGACUACGACAUAUACAUGUAUUGAAUCGAGCACCGUAUGUUCAGCUGGAUCAAGGACCUGCAGAACCAACUCAAGAGCUUGCGGACAGAAAUAAGUCCAAUUCUCUCAAGGUCAUGAUGUACAUUUUCCCGCGGCAGUUUGGGUUGCACAACGCUUUUACUUCUAAGAUCGAUUACACCGAGACCGCACAAAGGUUCAAGGAUUAUACGCUUCGCGAAAAUGAGAUAUCCGACAUGUUCGGUGCCGCUGAAGUUGGAAAAUUAUCGCCCAAGGUCCCAAAACGAUUAAGGGGCGAGGCAAAGGAUCUCAUACAAAAGUUACAGAUUCUGCACACCCGAUGCUCAUAUUCGGAACUUUUGCAGUAUUACUGUCCGGUCAGCACCCCACUGGAUGGCGCACAGUCUUCCCAGUCAAAUGGUAGAGUUGGUAGGCAUACACAAGCCUCCAAAGGAAAGGGUUUCCAAGUCUCGACGCAGUUACAGUCUGCCAUUCAGCGGACCAAAACAACCACAAAAUCUACAUCCAUUGUCGAGUUGUCAACUUCGGCUGCAAGCGUCUCUGCCUUCUGCCAGGCUGCAGUCUCGAAGAUUCUGCCAGUCAGAUUCUUUGGUAGUGGUGAAGUCCAGAGACACAACCGUAGCUUAAUACUCAAAAAAGUGGACCAAUUCAUACGCUUAAGACGCUUUGAGAGCAUGUCACUUCAUGAAGUUAUGCAAGGCAUGAGGCUUACGGAGAUCGAAUGGUUGGCGCCUCCGCGGCUCCUGACACACAAGACAUCACAAACUGACAUUUCUAAACGAGCUGAGCUGUUUUACGAAUUUCUUUAUUACAUUUUCGAUUCGAUUGUGAUACCCCUGCUGCGAAGCAACUUUUACAUAACUGAGUCGAACACGGAUAAGUGCCGGCUCUUCUUUUUCCGCCAUGAUAUCUGGCGAUAUGUUGCCGAACCCGUCAUGGCUACUUUGAAGGCCAAAAUGUUCGAAGAGGUCAGCUUGGAAGAUGCCAACAGAAUACUUGACUCUCGGCAGCUAGGCUUCAGCCAAGUACGACUGCUACCCAAGGGCCACAGCGUGCGGCCGAUCAUGAAUCUGCGGAAGAAGAUGGUCACGAAGGGCAACCAAAGGCUUUUGGGCCCAAGUAUCAACACUCUACUCAAACCAGUUCACAAUGUGCUUCAGCUCGAGAAGUCCCUGAACCCUGGCAAGCUGGGAUCCGCAAUGUUUUCAGUGGGAGAUAUGUAUAAGCGUAUCAAGACCUUCAAGGCAAGGAUGGGAACUUUCUCGGGGCCAUUGUAUUUUGCGAAGGUUGACGUGCAAUCUGCCUUCGACACCAUCCCUCAGUCGGCCAUAGUUGGGCUUCUGGACUCCAUCCCACAGCGACGCGAAUACCAGAUAGCGAAGCACGUGGAACUCUCAAGCACUCACCUGCAUGCUCUGCCAUCCCAUAGGCUUCAAAGAAAACCCAAGCCCUUACGCAAGUGGCACUCAACAGCAAUGAGACGCCUAGGAAGGACAUCUCUCUUUGACUCUCUAGGUGAGGACGUCACAAGCAAGAAGAACACCAUAUUCAUCGAGAGUGUGUUCAAGAAAAUCUACGACACAAGCGCUAUGCUGCAGCUCGUCUCCUCCCAUAUCCAGCAGAACCUCGUCAAGAUCGGCAAGAAAUUCUACCGGCAAAAGGAUGGCAUCCCCCAGGGUUCGGUACUGUCAUCCACACUCUGCAACUAUUUCUAUGCAGAUCUCGAAAUCCAAGUCCUCAGGUUUCUGGACUCUGAGGACUGUCUCCUCCUUCGUCUCAUCGACGACUUCCUCCUCAUUACCGCCGACAGGUCCAAGGCCUCCCGUUUCGUUGAGGUCAUGCACCGCGGCGUGCCAGAAUACGGCGUCACCGUGAACCCGGCCAAAACCCUAGUAAAUUUCGACCUUGAACUCGAUGCGGGCUCACCAGUGUCCAAAGUACACCCGAGGGCCGGGUUUCCCUACUGCGGAACGCUCAUCUAUCCUGCAACCCUGAACAUCACCAGAGACCGCCACAUUAGACAACUCUCUCGCAAAUCCACUCUUCCAACCAUGACCGCCACCGCCACCAUGAAUGGUCAUAACAACAAAUCCAUCUUCAACUCCCUCACGGUGGAGCACACGCGGACGCCGGGCCAGACCUUCGAGCGCAAGGUGCUCAACGCCUUCAAGAUCCAGAGCCACCUGAUGUACCUGGACACGUCGCUGAACGCGCCGCACACGGUGCUGGCGAGCCUGCACGCGGCCUUUGCCGAGACGGCGGCCAAGGCCUGGGCGUACGCGCGCUGCCUGGGCCCGCGGCGCCGGCCCGCCCCGCGCCUCGUCGUCCGCGCCGUCCAGAAGCUCGCCGCCGUCGCCUUCCUGCUGGCCACCAGCCGCGCCCGCCGCGCCCGCCACCCGGGCUACGCCUGCGACGUGCGCCGCACGGAGGUCGCCUGCCUCGCGUACUGCGCCUUCGCCGAGGUGUUGGGCCGCAAGCAGGCCGGGUACGGGGAGGUCCUCGAUUGGCUGCGGGCUGAGAUUGCCAGGUUGAGCACCAAGAAGGAGAUCCGUCAGGGACGAGUCAGCCGUGUUGCCGCAGUAGAGCAAGUCCUUAAGCGCAAAGCAUGA